AUGUGUGCAGAACCUAUCUGGAAAGGCUUUGCCCCUCAAACAAAUGAGCUCAUCAUGCUAGGAGAUGGGAAUAUAUUAAAUGAUGGCUUAAGAUCACAAUUAGAGGAUAUUUAUAUGGAUGAUCAUCAUCAACAUAACAUGGUGAGAGUCAACAGUGAUGCAGUAGAUGUUGGUAGGGAAGUGCGUGAAAGUUUGGAAACCAAUAGGUUAGAAUACUUGAUUCCGAAAAAGACAUCGUUGAGGCAUAGAUUGCCUAUGGUAGAAGAAGGGUUCAUUGAGUUUGUUGGUGAUUUGCUUCAGAUCAACCCAAACAAGAGGCCGUCUGCAUCGGAGGCUCUGAAGCACCCUUGGUUGUGUUACCCAUACGAACCUAUAUCAUCUUGA